AUGGCGAAGAACCAGGAAGCCCAUCCCCCCACAGGGGACGGUGACUUUGUGUCUGAUAAGAUAAAUUUUAAAAUAGAAGAGGGAAAUGAUGGAAUUCCGAAUCACAGUCUGGAAAGCGUGGCAUUUAAGAUUGAACAAGAGGACAGGAAAGCAGCUGGCAGUGGUGAUGAGCAGGCGGAGAUCAGAGAAGCAAGCUACAGCUGUAAGCCCCCGGGGAAGUGUUUCCCCGCUGACCACGAGGACGACUACGGGGCCCUAUUCUCUCAGUACAGCAGCACGCUGUACGAUGUUGCCAUGGAAGCUGUGACGCAGAGCCUCCUGUCCGGCCGCAGCAUGAACUCCAGGAAGAAGUCUCCGGCCUGGAAACAUUUCUUCAUCUCUCCUCGGGACAGCACAAAGGCAGUGUGUGUGUACUGCAUGAAAGAGUUCAGCCGCGGCAAAAACGAGAAGGACCUGAGCACAAGCUGUCUCAUGCGGCACGUGAGGAGGGCGCACCCCACAGCACUCAUCCAGGAGGAAGGCAGUGUGUCUACCCUGGCCUCCCUCUCCUCCCCUGCACUGGUGUUCCCUCCUCAGCCCAUACCCCUGGGAGACCUGGGCACCGUACUGUCACCCAUCAAACUUGUCCAGAAAAUAGCCUCCAGUGUCUCGUCUUCUGAGCAGGUGGCAGAGGAAUCUGGAUCUGCCCUAUCUUCUGAAGAGGUCUCCUCUGAUGUGUCCACCUCGGAGAAGUACAGGCAGGAAGAAGCCCUGGUAGAGCCACCCCAAGCCCUCCCCACUCCCCAGCAUGAUGACUCUGCAGAGAGCGGGCCAGAAAAGAGCCUCCCACUUCCAAAGAGCACCUCUGGGUCGCGUAGGUGGUCCGCGGUCUGGAAGCACUUCUACCUGUCGCCUCUGGACAGCUCCAAGGCCGUAUGCAUCCACUGCAUGAGUGAGUUCAGCAGAGGGAAAAACGGGAAGGACCUGGGCACCAGCUGCCUCAUCCGGCACAUGUGGCGGGCACACCGCGCCAUCGUGCUGCAGGAGAAGAGCAGGGGAGCAUCCAUGCCCCCACCCUACUCCACGCCCCCAACACUGCUGCCUGCCCUCCUGCCUCCUGAGAGAGAUCCAAGCUUGGUGUCCUCAUCGCCAGGCAACGAAGUUCAAGAGCUCCCCUCGGUGUCCUCCUCCCCUGACCAGCUGACUGAGCAACUGCAAGCAUAUCUGAAGCCUGGGGAUUCGCCAGUGGAAGAUGCAUCAGUGCUGUCAUCCUCUGAUGAUGUGGGCGAGGCCUCGUUGGUGUCCUCCCCGGAGAAGCAGCAGGGUGAUGGGUCGAGCCCUCACAUGGGGGAAUCUGGUGUUGUCUUCCAACAGAACCAAAAGGUGAUGAAGAGACUGAAGUCGGAGGUCUGGCAUCACUUUUCCCUCGCCCCCACGGACAGUCUGAAGGCAGUGUGCAGACACUGCGCCUGCGUCAUCAGUCGAGGAAAGAAGGGUGACGUGGGCACCAGCUGUCUGAUGAGACAUCUCUACAGGCGCCACCCAGAAGUUGUUGGGAACCAAAAGGGCCUCCUGGAGGCUGGUUUGGCAAAUCCUCCGUACAACACCUUGGCAUCCACAGAAACUUCCUCCAGAUUAACUGACCUUCCACCAGUGGCUACCAAAAGCAGUCCAGUUCUGUUUCCCGUUCACAGCAAAAAGACCUCCAAGCUGUGGAAUCACUUUUCUGUCUGCUCUGCAGACCCCACUAAAGUCGUGUGCCUGCACUGUGGCCGGACGAUAAGCAGGGGCAAGAAGCCCACUAACCUGGGCACCAGCUGUCUCCUGCGGCACCUGCAGAGGUUCCACGGCAGCGCGCUGAAGGCCGACGGCCCCAAGACCGUGCUGCCCUCCUCUCCAGGCGGCAGUGUGCCCCUGAGUGCAAAAUUGUCAGGAGCUUCCUCCUUUGACGACACUGGUGAGAAGUUGUAUGAUUCUCAUCCAGUUGCCAAAAAGAUCACAAGUCUCAUAGCUGAAAUGAUUGCACUUGACCUUCAGCCAUAUUCUUUUGUUGAUAAUGUUGGCUUUAACAGGCUGCUCGAAUACUUGAAACCUCAGUACUCUUUGCCCUCCCCUUCCUACUUUUCCCGGACAGCUAUCCCCGGAAUGUACGAUAAUGUGAAACAGAUCAUUAUGUCACACCUUAAGGAGGCUGAGAGUGGUGUGGUCCACUUCACGUCUGGAAUAUGGAUGAGUAACCAGACCCGGGAGUACCUGACACUCACUGCUCACUGGGUCUCCUUCGAGUCGUCGUUCCGACCUCACUGUGAGGACCACCACUGCUCAGCACUGUUAGACGUGUCACAGAUUGACUGCGACUAUGGCGGCAACAGCAUUCAGAAGCAGCUGGAAUGUUGGUGGGAGGCCUGGGUGACCUCCACCGGCCUUCAGGUUGGCAUCACAGUGACUGACAAUCCCAGCAUAGGAAAGACGCUGAAUGAAGGGGAGCACUCCAGCGUGCAGUGCUUCAGUCACACGGUGAACCUCAUUGUCCAGGAGGCCAUUAAAAGCCAGAGAAUGGUGCAGAACUUGCUGAGCAUCGCUCGGAAGCUAUGUGAGCGGGUGCUGCGCUCCCACGCAGCAAAAGAGAAGCUGGCAGAGCUGCAGAAGGAGUAUGAGUUGCCGCCCCACCAUCUUAUUCAGGAUGUCCCGUCCAAAUGGAACACGUCGUUCCACAUGCUCGAGCGGCUCAUUGAGCAGAAGAGAGCCAUUAACGAGAUGUCCAUCGAGUGUAACUUCAGGGAACUGAUCAGUUGCGACCAGUGGGAGGUCAUGAAGUCUGUGUGUCAUGCGCUGAAGCCCUUUGACGCUGCGAGCCGGGAGAUGAGCAGCCACAUGUCCACCCUCAGCCAGGUCAUCCCCAUGAUCCACAUUCUGAACAGGAAAAUUGAGAUGCUGUUUGAGGAGACCAUGGGCAUCGACACCAUGCUGAAGUCUCUGAAGGAAGCCAUGGUGAGCCGACUGUCCGCCACCCUCCACGAUCCCAGGUACAUCUUUGCUACACUGUUGGACCCUCGUUACAAAGCCUCCCUGUUCUCCGAGGAGGAGGCAGAGCAGUACAAGCAGGAUUUAAUCAGGGAACUAGAAAUGCUGAAUUCUACCUCAGAGGACAUACCUGUCUCCAAUGGGUGUGCUCCAGGCUCCCCAUCGACGGACUGCAGUGUGGACGAGAGCCUGUGGUCACUCAUGGCCAAGAUAAAAAAGAAAGGCCCAAGAGAAAAGAUGAAGCUUCCUGAGGCCAUGGUGCUUUCUUACCUGGAGGAGGAGGUGCUUGAACACAGCUGUGACCCGCUUACCUACUGGAACCUAAAGAAGUCUGCCUGGCCAGGACUCUCCGCCUUGGCCGUCAGGUUUUUGGGUUGUCCCCCGAGUAUUGUCCCUUCAGAAAGGCUGUUCAGCACUCCCACUGAGAACGGUAGCUUUGGCCAGUCCAGGUUCAUGAUGGAACAUUUUGAAAAACUUAUCUUUUUGAAAGUGAAUCUUCCAUUAAUAUAUUUUCAGUAUUGA